GCCUGCGCCCCCCGGCCCGAGCUCGCUACAAUGUAGCAGGGGCAGCGGGGCUGCGCUGCGGACCCGGCGGGUCGUGCGGGCCAUGAGCAGGCAGAGACGGGUGAGCACCUGGGGCAGGUGACGUGCCCCGGCGCGGACUCUGGUGCACGCUGCUCCCUUCACCUCUGCGUGGUCCGGCAGGUUGGCCUGCUAUGGAAUGUGAUGAGAAGCUGGUCCGGUUCCGACAGGCCCACCUCAACCCCUUCAACAAGCAGCCGGGGCAAGGCCAGCAUGACCAGGAGGCUGGGGACGACCUUUCUUGUCGAGACUCGCUGCUGGGGCUGUCCCACGGGGACCCCAGGUUCCAGUGCUCAGAGCGCGUGAUGGACCUGGGGCUGGCGGAGGACCACUUCUCCCGCCCUGUGGGCUUGUUCCUGGCCUCAGACAUCCAGCAGCUGCGGCAGGCGAUCGAGGAGUGCAAGCAGGUGAUCCUGGAGCUCCCUGAGCACUCGGAGAGGCAGAAAGACGCUGUGGUCAGGCUCAUCCACCUGCGCCUGAAACUCCAGGAGCUGAAGGACCCCAGCGAAGACGAGCCCAACAUCCGGGUGCUCCUGGAACAUCGCUUCUACAAGGAGAAGAGUAAGAGUGUCAAGCAGACGUGUGACAAGUGCAACGCCAUCAUCUGGGGCCUGAUUCAGACCUGGUACACCUGCACAGGCUGUUACUAUCGCUGUCACAGCAAGUGCCUGAACCUUAUCACCAAGCCCUGCGUGAGGUCCAAGGUCAGCCACCAGGCUGAGUACGAGCUGAGCAUCUGCCCCGAGACAGGCCUGGACAGCCAGGAUUACCGCUGUGCGGAGUGCCGGGCGCCCAUCUCCCUCCGGGGCGUGCCCAGCGAGGCCAGGCAGUGUGACUACACUGGCCUGUACUACUGCGGUAACUGCCACUGGAAUGAUCUGGCCAUCAUCCCCGCCCGUGUCAUCCACAACUGGGACUUCGAACCCCGCAAGGUUUCCCGCUGCAGCAUGCGUUACCUUGCCCUGAUGGUGUCGCGGCCGGUGCUCAAGCUGCGGGAAAUCAACCCCCUUCUCUUUAACUAUGUGGAGGAGCUGGUGGAGAUCCGGAAACUGCGCCAGGAUAUCCUGCUCAUGAAGCCCUACUUCAUCACCUGCAAAGAGGCCAUGGAGGCUCGUCUGCUGCUCCAGCUGCAGGACCGGCAACACUUUGUGGAGAACGACGAGAUGUACUCGCUGCAGGACCUGGUCGACAUCCAGGCUGGGCGCCUCAGCUGCUCCUUAGCGGAGAUCCACACCCUCUUCGCCAAGCACAUCAAGCUGGACUGCGAGCGGUGCCAGGCGAAGGGCUUUGUGUGUGAGCUCUGCAAAGAAGGGGACGUGCUCUUCCCGUUUGACAGCCACACAUCGGUGUGCACGGACUGCUCUGCUGUCUUCCACAGGGAUUGCUACUAUGACAAUUCGACCACGUGCCCCAGGUGUGCCCGGCUCAGCCUGAGGAAGCAGUCGCUCUUCCGAGGUCCCAGUGCAGAGGAGCAGGCCUAGGGUCCCCCAGCGCCCCCCAGACCUUGGCACCAAAGAACAUUGGCGAGAACUGGGCGUUCGAGGGGCGCAGCUGCAGUGCUGGGGCUCCCUGUAGCUGCGAGAUCUGAACUAGCUGCCACUGGGGGUGGACCCGGGCAGGGAACAAGGUGUUGCACAGGCCCGAGCGGGCGCUUUGCCCUGGGACUCCGGGACCAGCCCAGCACGCUGCCUGUUGCUGGGAAUUGGUGCCGGGAGGCAGCUCCGCAGGCUCUGAAUCCAGCUCUGACAACUCCCUGGGGCUGGGGCUGUGUGCAAUGGGGUGGCAGGCGCCGCUGGGGGCCUCUCGCUGUCCCACAGCAAGCGCUGGGAUCUGCAGGGCUGCCAGCCGCCCUGCCUCUAGCUGCUCUGUCUACAGCUGUGCAAUGAAGCAGGGCACAUGCCCUGGCAUGCCCUGGCAUGCGGCAGGUGUUACCGGGGUGACCGUGUACAAAUCCCUGGUGAAAGGAGGGGCCUGGUGUCCCCGAGACACUAACAAAGGGGGACUUGUGCACCCUCCCUGAAAGAGAUCAGCCUGGAGCAGGGGCUUUCCAGGGCGCCGCUACUUGCUGGUGAUUUGCCCCCGGCCUGUGCUGAGUGUUGCAUUCCCUGCUGCAGAUGCUUGCUGGCCUGGGCCGAGGGCGGAGAGGAGGGAGGUGGCUGUGGUAGGGAAGAGCCGCUGUGUGCAGCAGCCAGUUCUCCUCCCACGCUGAUCACGGCUCUAACCCCUCCUUUGGAGAAGCCCGUGUCCAACCCUGCCUGUGCGCCCCAGCAAGCCGCCUGGCAUGGUUCGGCGUGCCAGCCUCCACUGGCACCGCAGCGCUCCCUCUGCCAGCUGCUCGGAGCUCUCAGGGUGGUGCAUUCACGUCUAAAGGGCCACGUUGGUUUAGCUUCAGGUGUGGGCCCAGGGAGCAUCCCCUCCGGGUGUCUGGCCGUGGCCCAGCUGGCGAGGGGCCUGUGUGCAAGGAUGUGAGGCUCAGGCUGGUCCCUUGGGGACAAGUGUCCACAUCAUGGCCCUGUCCUCACCGGCGUUACUCAGCCCCGGCUGGGCCAUCAAGCUGGCAUGUCUCUCUCCUGUCCACAGGCUCUGCAGGGCCGAAGUGAGGCACAGAGGCUGGGGGGAACCGGUGCGUGCUGGUGGAAUAGUUCGCGCUCGGUUCUCAGCCUUGCUAGGCUGAUCUCGCUGGCUCCCCUGGAGUCUAUACCCUCUGCUGAGAGAGGACGCGAAUGCUAUGGCCUGCAGGCUGGAGCUUGUUGCUUCUUGCUCAAAGCCUGCCAGCAUCUGGCGCUGGCUCCCUCCAGCUCCCCACAAAUGCGGGUGGCACCUCUCAGAGAGAGAGACUCGCAGAGAUGAGUGUGGAGCUGAUGUAGAGCUACUCAUUACCUGGCCUUUCCCAAGAUCCUCCUGUGCUAUUCAGAGGCCAAGGCCUCAGGUUGGAGUCUAGCUGCUUUAGUCUUGUAUUUAUUUCUGUGCCCAGCCCGGCAGUGCCCAGAGCAGGAUCAGCAUCUUUCCUCGGCGCUGGGAGCGUAGGGCUUGCACUCCGCGUGGUACUGGAGACACCCUGCUGGCUCCAUACCACUGACUGCUGCAGGAGUGAAGAAUGGCACCGGCCUCCCCCACCACCUUGCUUGAGCCACAGGGCCAAUGGCAGACAGAGGGAUCCAGACCUGGCCCUUACACGCAGCUGUAACUGAACCGGCUGCCAGCCCCUGUCUCCCGCAGUGCGGCUGCCGCUCUCCCUUGCCAGGGCCAGGAAAGGCAGGAGAUGUUCAGAGUCAUCCCUUUAAAUAAAAAAAGUACAUGGGAUGGGCACCUUGAGCAUUGAACUCUAAGCCAGCCCCGUCCCCCGGGGCCCCUUUUGAGUGGUACGCCCUGGAAUUAAACAAUGCACGGAGGGGGGGCUGCUGCUGCUGCUUUACGCAGGGUGUUUGGGUGAAAGAGAGCACCAGGGCCUCCCCCCCUCCCUCCAUCCUGCCUCUUGCCUCAUCUGUCUUGUUGCUGCUGUUACUGGGAUAGAUUGCGGGGGGUUAGGAGCCGGCUGGGGUCUGUCUCCCCAAGCCGCAGUCACACCUCCCCACUACAGGACAGCCGUUGGGGUUUCAGUAGUGGGUGUUUUCAACAAGCAGAACCAAGGACUCACGGCUGCUGGGCCCGGCAAGGGGGGUCGCAGGCUUUGGGCAGUGACAGUCCGACGGAGCUCCUGAGUGACAGCUCAGGGAUGAGCACUGAUCCCUUUAGUCUUCCUUUUUCUACAACAGGGGGGGCAGGGCUGCAGGCUCUGGGCAGGGCCGAGCCCCUCCAUCCCUGGGGGAAGUGGGAACUAGCGGGCAGGGCCAAGCCCCUCCAUCCCUGGGGGAAGUGGGAACUAGCGGGCUUUGUUCUAAUCGCUUUUCCUCUUGUCGGUUCUGCUCCCGCCACCCCAGCUGGUGCUGUGCUCAGCUGGUCUGCGUGGGGCUCUCGCACCCCUGGGGGAGGGGCUGUGUAUGAAACGCCCUGGAUAGCAAGUGAAACACACAUUACCUCUUUGUAACCCGCUUGCCUGAUUUCCCAGAGGACACUUUUCACGUGCUGGGCCAUUUCCACUCCCUUUGGAUAAGGGACUUUCUUCUAGUCCCAGUGCUAAGGGCAGCUGAAGCUAGCAGAGGUCCUGAACUCUUGCCUAGAGCUGGAGUCUGAUCAAAGGGGAUUGGAAUGGAAACACCACCUCUGCUGAACGGGGUGUGAGCAGUCAGACCCCUCUGGGAACCGAGAUGGGCCAAAGGUAGCACCCCUUCCCCCCUUAGCCAAUGUAGUGCGUGGAGGGCCAUUAUUGCCAGUUUCCAUAGUGCCUCUGACCUCUUCCUCUGCUUGGAUUAUAGUGUUUGCUAUUAGCAAACACUGGGUUUAUUACUAGGCUUCUGUUAACCCCCACACUCUGUUUUCACAUGCUCAUUUCAUUUCUUUCUCAAUAGUUCUCCUCAAAUGAAACUUUUCCUACCCCCUGACCGCAUCCCGCCCCUAGGGCUGUUACACGUUGAAACCCUCCCACUUCACACUAGCAUGGACUCAGCCUCUGGGUGCGAUGCUGCUGGUUCCCCUUUUCAGUGCAGAUGUUGGAUACUCAGGGUCUGGUGUAGUUGUCAUGGCCCAAGCCCUUAAACUCUUAACUCCCUUUUCAGGUGUUUUUAACGUUCACCUGCUAGGCUGAAAUGUCCCUGUCCUGGGUUCUGACCAGAGGCGAGCUCUUGGAGAAAGGGUCUGCGACAGCAGUUCUACCUCUCCGGAGAAAGCUGGCCCUUGUCUCUUCGUUAAAAUAAACCACUACAUGUCUGGGACACUCUUCGAAGAGUGAGCUGCUGCCUCAGCCUUCUCUUACUGGGUUUCUGUUUAAUGGCGAUUCUGCCAGGGAGGGUGUGCACUGCUUGAACACUAGUGUGAGCACUUUAAUUCCUGUACGUUGGUUCUAUUUGAGUAGAAAUAACAAACCUUGCUACAGAAUCCUUGUUUAUCCUGUAAGUCCCUGACUUACAGGUGGAUCUUUUUCUUGGUUUCUAGAAACACUUUGUUUGCCUGUGUGGGUGAGAGAGUGAGAUGGCAGGCUCCAGGCAGGCAGGAGGCUCCAGGCAGGCAGCGGGGAGGAUGGUUGUGAAGCUGGGGUGAGGUGGUUGGGUUUUUUUAAAUUUA